AUUAAACACUGACAUCGACUAUCUGAGCUUAGUGAGUGGGGCAUGGGUGUACGUCGGACAAACUUCGGCGCUUGCUGUCAUGCACACAUACUAGGCAGUUGAAAUGUUGAAAACUAUGUGGCAAUCGGAAAUAAUGUUCUGGUCCAUGGCGUCCUACCGUUCGUCGAUAAGUAACUCACCACUCAAAUCCAUGUAACCCCUCGCGCGCAUUAACUUUUCCCCUGGCACAUCUUUCCAGACGUGUAGUAGCCUAGGAAAGGAAAUUACACUGAUCAGAUACUACCCCUUGAUAUUAAUAUGCGUGCGGUGCGUGCUUCUGCUUCUGCUUCUGCUUCUACACCCACUAUCACACCUGUUCUACAUGCCUACGUGGACAAUCAUCUCACCCUGCGAGGACGACUAUGACCAUCCAAUGCGCAUGAACAUAUUCCGGGUCAUGAAAACUGUCUACCGCAUGUUGGACUCGCCAAAUGAGCCCUCCACAGUCGGCGAAGGAAAACACAUCGCGACCCUCGGAUAUGCAGGUUCACAAGAAAAGCCAGGACCUCCCGACCUAUCAAGUCUUGUCAUCCAUUUCCGUCUCUCCACACAGACUGUUACGCACUUUGUUGUCGUGUUUUGCGACCAGCAGAUCGAAGACAGGGUGCAAAACGUGUGCAUUUCCGUCCCAUGCGAGCUUACGCCGAUCAUGACGGACAUCUAUGAGUUUGUAGCUGCGAGAUCGAUCUCCUCUCGUGGGUUAAACCCAGCAGAGGAGUGUGACCUUGCACAUAGGAUAUGGAAGCAGCUGCAAGUAGAGAAAUACCAUAAGCGCCUUUUACAGCAGGGGGUUGUUAGUGACAUAGACAUUGCCUUUUCACGACCAGGCUCUCCGCGAUGUCCUAUAUGUGACUCCAAUCUUAUCCACUGCAACAGCUGUCAAGUUGCAUCGUGCGAGUCGAAUGAAUGUCGGGGAUCUUCUGAACCCCCGCUCGCGCGGUGUAGCAGACAUCAAAAGGAGGCGUUAUGUUUUCCAUGCCUUGAAGAGCAGGAGUCCCAGCCGGAGAUAGAGAAGUGUCCUGGGUGCAAAUCUUGGUGCUGCACGAUGGAUAUGUCAUUGUGCAGUGGCCACCCCAUCAACGUCCUGCCUAUUCUUCGCAUACCCGGCAGCGAGUCCAUACCUCCCGGGCUGAUCGUUGCCUACACUCAAUCCGCACGCGCUCACCCUCCAAAGCGCGGUUCCUGCAUGGAAUGCGAGCUACCCGGCUGGCGGAGCUGCAACAGCAAUCUAUGUUGGUCUCAUACGAUCUGCCCGGAGUGCGCGAGCAGUGGUAUGACGUGUCUGUGCCAGGAAGUGUGGGCAUGCGACCUCUGCGCGGAGUAUAACCCAGGCGUCUUCAUCCGCUGUCCGCGUUGCAACCGGCCAUUCUGCUGCGCUUGCUCAUAUAUCGAAGAAUGCCAACAGUGCCACCGCACAAACCUCUGCUACGACUGUGCCGAAGAAGAGUCGGGCGGGAAUGACGAGGCGGACGGUGGAAUUUCCUAGAUUCGUUGCUUCAUGUGGGAAUUGUCGGGCGAGGGUAUGCGAUCGCUGCGUGUUACAGUGGUCUCCAGCCAAUUCAUGUCCGGGGUGCUUGCGGCAACUUUGCCCGUCGUGCUAUUCGUUAUGUGAUGAAUGUAAGCAGUUUAUUGACCAUGAUGAUAGCGGAUUUAGCAGUGAGGACACCGACAUUAGCAUUGAUGUAUAAGUACCCCUGUUAGCAUCACGAUUUGCUUUCAUGUGGAGAUCUGUACGAUAGAAAAGAAGA